GUCGUCGCGCUUUACAGACGGAUUAGAAGCGGGCGUUUCCCUUCCUACAUGACGAUUUACGUUUUUUGCUGCUGUUACCCUUGAUAGUGAUGCUAGUGGGUGUGUGUAUAAGUGCGUGUACAUCUUAAAGGAUCCUAGUGCGAUGCAGCAUGCAGAGAGGCCAAUAUGAUAUAUUCUUAAUUGUUGAAAAUUCGAGCAUGUAUGGGUUGGACAAAAAAGAGAAGUGAAGAUACGCGUGAUACAUCUCAAAAGAAAAAUUUACACAAUGUGUUUCUUUUGAGAAUAAAAUGAACGUUAAAAACAAUAUAGGUGAACAAAUUUUCGCAAACAUUAUUUCUCGAUCUAACAAUUUGAUGUGGCACUAGAGAUCCGAAAUAUGCUGGCAAGGACACAAUAAUACAAUGAAUGUGAGUUGUGUGUUCAAGCGACUGAAUAAAUAAGAGUAGUGCAGCAUCGGUAGAAAUAAUUUGUUAGGUAUUUCAAUUGGUUGGCAAACGAAUCGAGAGAGCUGGAAUUGAUACAACCCCGUAGCAAAAGUGUGUACAACAGCGUCAUAAGCAGGGAAUCAAUAGCUACAUUUGGCAGAGUGGCAAAAGUUAAAGAGAAAAAGCAGCGAUGGCCGUUCAUAUUAUGGACGAAGACCACUUUGCGAUCAGUGCAAUCGUGACAAUGGUGAUGCAAAUUAUUUUCUUCCUGAUCGCGGCCAUCUUCCAGCUGGAUAAACUGACGGAUUUUGCCGGAGGGGUGAACUUCAUCAUCAUCGCCUUGUUAACUUUUUUUCUGGGGCAGAUUGAUAGAACAUUGAAGCAUUACGAUAGCCGGCAGCUGAUGGUGACGGUGUUUGUUUGUUUAUGGGGUGCAAGGCUGUCUGGAUAUCUGCUCUAUCGAAUCGUGAAAAUCGGACGGGACAAACAGUUCGAAGACAAUCGGAGGAACGUCAUACGGUUCGCUGUGUUCUGGACUUUUCAGGCAGUCUGGGUGUUUGUGGUUUCUCUGCCGGUAAUAAUCAUCAAUUCACCCCGACACUCAAUUCCGCAUGCCCCCAGAACGAUGACAACACUGGAUUCAGCUGGUACCGGUAUGUUCAUCACGGGAUUACUGGCAGAAACGUACGCUGAUUUGCAGAAGUUUUCAUUCCGCCAGGAUCCAAUUAAUCAGGGAAAAUUUUGUAACGAUGGUCUUUGGAGAAUGUCAAGGCAUCCAAAUUAUUUCGGUGAGAUUGUUAUUUGGUGGGGAAUUUUCGUCAUCUCACUAAACGUUAUCGACGGCAUCGAAUGGGUGGCAAUUAUGUCACCUAUUUUCACCACCCUGAUCAUCCUUUUCCUGUCAGGUAUCCCCGUGCGAGAGCGAUCGGCGGAUGAGAAAUAUCGAGACGAUCUUGAAUAUCGGAGAUAUAAGGCAUGCACAUCACCUCUGAUACCAAUCCCACCGGCGAUCUACUCCGAGGUUCCACGAGCGUUGAAGUUCAUCUUGUGUUGCGAGUUUCCGUGGUACGAUUCGCUAGAUAAACGGCAUAAAGAGGACGGUACAUUCGCCAUGACUACCUCUAUAUCAGUGGCACACUCCCACUCUGCCCACACUUAGCAACCGGGAGCUGGGCAUCAUCCUGUGCCGUCGUCGUACCACCACCACCACCACCAUCACCACCCGCACCACCAGGGUGGAGGAUCUCUUGCUUCACGGGAUCGAAAUUCAAACUCAAUUGGUCGGGAAGCCAGCUACUCGUCCAGCCACCGCAGUGGCAACGAAAGGCGCGAUGAAAAGUCUCACCAAGGCAGCCGAGACUUCGAGGAUAUCGUCCCCGAGAGAAUUACUUGCAUUACCAGCUACGAUGGAAAUUACAUUACAGGAUCGGCACAAAUCACUACGAUUUUGUGAUCUCGUUCACUGUUCUAUGUGAACUAAUCCUUCGUAGUUUGUGUACAUGAGUGACAUAGUUAUUGUUUUAAAAAUUAUAUUAGUUUAUGGUAGCAACAAGGGAUUACAAGAAGUGUGACUAAUUUAGGAAUAACAAAGGUAACAAGCUGACGAUUUUUAAAUGCCAAUAUCGCCAAUGCUUGAAUCAGUGGUCAAUGUAUAUAGAGUUAGGAUAUAUUUGAGUCUCAGAAGAUUGUCUUGAAAAUUGGAAAUGUAGCAAUACAUAAAUUCUCAUAACAAGUA